AUGGCGGACCAUGUCAAGGGAUGCGGGGAACCCGGCGGUGGGGAGGCAGACGGCCUGCGGACUGGCAGAAGUCGAUUCACUUGGGGAAGGCGGACGAAUCAGGACUUCAGCCGUCCACGACAGAGUUCAGGCCAACAAGCGGAGGUGUCAAAUGCAGACGGCGCAAAUUCCGCGGACGCGCGACAGGAAGGGUCGGAGUCUAAAGCUGCAACCUGCACAAACAAACGAGUAAACUGGGAACACCCGUAUCUCGGCCCAGAUGGCGUCACAUACCUUCCUUCCAUUAGUGACGCAUCGAAUCCCAGGGCCACGAUGAUCGUGAGCCACAGUGCGGCCCAUCCAUCGUAUGGACCAGAUCCCCGUCUGCUUCAGCCAGAGGACAUUCGUUUCCUUACGCAGGCUGUGACAUCGUUGUACGCCGAUCAGAUCCGGCCCUACCAGAGCGAGGUCGUGAGGCGCCUCAAGCUGUUCGAGCCAAGCACACUGGUUACAAAGAAUGCCUUGCAUUUCUUCCGCAUUCUAACGGACAUCUUCAUAGUCGAGAAGACGAACCACUCCCGUAUGGUGGUGUAUCUCAAGGACAAGCCAUCGUGGUUCGAAGGAUGGAUAGAUCCAAAGAGUGAAGAGGAUCCCUACCCGCGAUCUGUCUGGAUAGAGCUGGAGGACUACCUGACGGUCCUCUCGCUCGUCGCAACAAUCCUACACGAGCUGAACAGCCCGAACCACAUGCCCCCUCUGCAACUGGAUGAGGAUACAUCUGGCGACGAACGAUAUGGAGACCUCCCUCAAUCGUCUUCCGGAGUAGAUCCGUUCACGAGCGUUCUGCUCCGAAAGCUGCGAAGGCUGCUACGGAGAGGCUGGCAGCAAGACCGAUCACGCCGUCCUGUGCUUGCGGGGAGCAGUGGGACAAGGCUGUCGCCCGCGUUGUUGGAGGAGAAGUCGCAGUCGUCAUCGGUUAGUGUGGGAUGCCGAAGCACUUUCCUCGAGAAAGCGUGUCAGCAAGCACGCCUUGCACGGCCAGUAACGCCCUCUGACGCACAGGGGGGUUCCCUCACUUGCACGCCGGAAGGGACCCCGAAGCACUCCCCUCACGAUGAUUUCCUACACUCGCCACCUUUGCCUUUGUCUCCGAAGCCUCAAGAGUUGAGAGCAGCGCCGUCAUUCAACGCCAUGUUUGCUGCAUCGCCAAACUUUUUCCUAGCACUGGCAGUCGCUGCCGACGAAGCUAUCCGCUUUGCUGCUACGGUCGAUUCCAGCCGGUGCUCGCAAGAUGCAAAUGAAGUUCCUACCUCUGCAGGCACAGACAGGUUGCCCUCCAGUUUAUCUGAAGCGCAUCAGUCCCAUCAGAACAGGAGCACCGUAAACGAAAGGCACCGAAGUUCAGGGAUUGCAGGGGAGCAGCCUUGCUCGUCUCAAUCCUCACCUGGUUCUCGAGUGUCGACAUUAAGCGACCGCCAACUUAAGCAGGAACAAGCUAUAAGCGUCCUGGUUCGCAGUGUCUUUCUGGAGGCGUACAAUGCGGCUCAAGUGGAGGAUGGAGAGCGUCAGGGCCGGCUGGGGGAGAACCGAGAGACAAAUGGAACAGGCAAGCAGACCCAAGAGGAAAAUACUGGAGACGCGCCCGCAACGCCAAUUUGGCCGAAACCCAAGACGCCUGCAAUUUUGUCUGUGGCCGAAAAGCCCGGCGUUUCAAGUGGCAAGGAGAGCACUGGUGCCUGGAAGGGCGGGGAACUCGGGGGGUCAGAAGUCCAGCCUUCAGGGGAUAUCCAUCCACCCACAGAAGGGGAGAGCGGUCUCAGGGGAAACACGUCAACGACUUAUGCGUCUUCUAUUUCUCAAGGUCUUGAGCACAGCCGCCUUGGCGAGGCUGCGGGUGUGCGUGCGUGUGGCGCGCCGCUGGAGCAGGCGCCAACGUCUUUGACCUCGCCGUGUUCUUCUCCUUCGUCAGUAAUGAGUGCAUCUCCCCUGACAGGCCCGCAAAACAUUUCGUCACCUCCCACCUGCGCGGACGUCACGGCUGCGGCCGCCACUGCUCUUCCCAUAGCUCGUGGUGUCGCUCUCCGUAUUCGCAUUGCUCUUGCAAAAGGAGACGCGCCGGACCACUUUGCAGGCGGUCGCUAUGGAUGCGCUCUGUCUCUGAAGCGGCAUGGACCUGUCAGCGUCAGGUCAUUUACCCUUGGUUGCCUUUGCCACCUCGUCCAGCUUUCCGUUAGCCGCUGUCUCCUCCAGUAUGCUGGCGGAUUCCUUCAACCGUGCGCAUCUCGCCUCGCUGCGGCCUGGCAAAACCAACAUACUCCUCGGGACCCAAUGGUGCUGCAUGCCACGGUAGCGGCCACAGCCGCUGCAGCUCUUGCAUAUCUGGAGCUACUCCUGCAGGGAGAAAUCCCUGAGGGGAUAGAGGGACUUGAAGGUGGAGAAGAAAGCGAUUUAGAGGGGUCAGGCCUGCCUCCGUAUCUCCGCCUGGGCGAGGCUGCGCACGUCAGCCAGCCCGUGCCUAAUAAAGGGAUUUCCGGGAACAGGGACGAGUCUGCCGAGGCACAGAACCGAUCAGGCAGGCCUCAAGGCCUCACUAAAAUAAAGACGAUGGCGGAGUUAAGGUCUCUAGUCACCAACGUGCUUGCAUGCAAUCAGCGGGCCGUCCUGCUUUCCCAGUUACGCGGAAAACUCGUUGAUAUGUACGGCGCGACUCUGACACCGUCGACUUUUCAUUACUACAAGCUGUCGGAUCUCCUGCUGUGCGAGCUUAGCGACAUCUGCUCCAUUUGGUGCCAUGGCGAUCGCCAACUUGUUGUUCAUGAUGCGGCGUACCAACCUGAUCCAUCAACGUGUGCCUCCGGGCAACGCCCUACGAAGAUUACUGCUUUCUCGCUGAGUCAUCCGCCUUCAAUGCUAUCCGGCUUACAUCAGAGUGGAAGCUCUUUCCACUGUCAACAAGUCUACGGCGGGAGAGACCGGGGGCACGGUGGCGCAGGAGAUCACCGGUUCAAAGUAGGUGGCUCUCAUCCCAACCUGCCCACGACGGCGCCGACGCCGUACGCAUCUGUAGAUGAAUCCACCACGAUCUCUGAAGUGAAGGAAACGGUGCGGAUGCUAAGAGAAUCGGGGCAGCACCACCAGAUUGGACAAUGGUACAGGACGAGUCCCGGUGGGCGUCGGUACCAAAUUCCGGAUAGCUCUCCUGCACGGGGGAAGCAGCAGCCUUUCAGAAGCGGCGUUGACGCCAGAGAAUCUCUUCCCGAUCUGCCGAGGCUCUGCCUUCCUAGUCCAAAGCUUCAGCUCGACAAUAAAUUCGAGGACGAGAUGCCACCCCGUCUUUUCGCAUUUGACACUCAAAAAUGUAAAGAAGAGCUUGCCGGAGAACUCUUACACCUCCAGCUGCAACAGUUGCAACAGCGGAAGCCAGGGCCAGGCCGGGCUGAGCACCAAUCGGACCGGAUACUUCCACAGUGCACGCUGCCGUCCCGUCUGCUUACGCCGUCUUCCCCUUGCUUGUUCACUUCUCACCAGCAGAAGCGCGCGCCAGAGCCCACAACUUCCUCUUCCGCAGGGUUCCUUCCUAUCGGGGGCCGUGGGGGCGACCACGCAUAUGACUGGCUUCGAGAGACUGCAUCCGCGCCCGACAGAGACUUUAUGCAGAAUAUAGCUGAUCGCUCUGCCGCGCUGAAGGCUGAAGCCCCGGCGUCGUCGCUGUUCUCGGCGUCUUACUUGCUACUUGAAGGACUAUCCAGCUUGGUGCAAGAGGUUGCUGGAGAAAUGCGUGAUACGAAAGUGAAAGGAGAUCUGCCUGGAAUUCGACCGCAGGCAGGAAUGCAGACAGGAGUGUCACCGUGGCACGAACGGCCCUCUGGACUCGAUUCUUCCGCACGGCAUGGCCAGUCCCGAAGCUACACCGCACUGCCGCUGUCGCCUAGUUUGAGGCCUGUCAUCGCUCCGCCUGAGAAUAUUCAGUGCCGGUGGAAGUCGGCUCCGCCUGACGAUAUCGGACUCGGUAUGGGACGCGCCGCAAGCCAGCCAGCUCUGUGGGAUCGCUACGGUUUCGAUCGUGCUGACAGUCACUCGACGACUAAUAGAGGCCACGAGGGACUGCAUUAUCUCUAUGGCAGGCCAUCCGGCCCACCGUCACCUAUCGACGUGAAUCGGCAGGCAGCACAGUGGGCGGUACCCGGGACGCAAAAUGAAAUUGAAAGGAGCAUUUUCGACAUGAGCGAAACACGGACCUCCUUCUGCCUGCAUAUACCUCCCGGGAGACUUGAUGAGAUCUCCACUGGUCGGGCACAACAGCAGUUCCUGUAG